UGCAUCUGCAUCUGUGUGUGUGUGUGUGUGUGUGUGAGGAGAAAGAGGGGCUUUAUUGGAAAUUCUCGAACCCCCAUCGGGACGCUCUCGGCUUUCAGCUCCGCUCGCGCAAGUUUUCCAGGGAAAAGUGGAGUUUGCUGGGAUCAGCGCGAGGCCACACAGACUGAUGAAGGCAGAAGCGAGUCUUCAGAGAGGUCUGUGGCUGUAGCGGGUGUGUUCGUCUCAAUGCCAGUGGAUAUGCAGCCGCAUCAGGGGCUGUACCACUACAACAACACCGCCAACCAGCCGAGCCGAGGACUGGCUCGGUCAGUGCGAUCGCUCUACAGCGAGGUGCCACCCGACAGCAGAGAGAUGUUUAACCCCUCCAUGACCCCAGGAGCCUGUAUGGACCCCUACAUGCGGCCGCCGCAUGGCAUGAUGGGACACCGCGGGAUGCCUCCGCCUGAGAGUGUCAGCGGCGCCCCCUACUGUAACCAGAGCAUGAUGGGAUCUCACCAUAACCAGCCGGGAUCUGAACACAUGGCAUCAGGAGACGCGUCUUGUUUCUCGACGCCUCGCUCCAUGCUGAAGCUGAGUAAGAAGCGUGCUCUGUCCAUCUCGCCGCUGUCUGACGCCAGCGUGGACCUGCAGACGGUCAUCCGCACCUCGCCCAACUCUCUGGUGGCGUUUGUGAACUCGCGCUGCGGGCCGAACGCUGCCAGCUCAUACGGGCAUCUGUCUGUGGGAGGCAUGAGUCCGUCGUUGGGUUUCUCCGGCUCCAUGAACUACUCUUGCAGACCGCAGGGGAACAUGUAUGGCUCUCUCGCUGCAUCAUGCCCCAGACUCCACGCGCCGGCCAAACACACACACCUGAAGACGGAGCCUGUUCUGGGCAGCGUGAUGAACAGCAUUAACAUCAAGAGCCUGGAGGAGCAUUCGGAGGGAGACGUGGCGAGUCCAUCCUCGACUGGAACACAGGAUCCUCUUCUGGGUUUACUGGAAGGCAGAGAUGAUCUUGAUAAGGAGGAGAAACCUGAAGCAGAGGCCAUUUACGAGACUAACUGUCACUGGGAGAGCUGCAGCAAAGAGUUCGACACUCAGGAGCAAAUCGUGCAUCACAUCAAUAACGAGCACAUCCACGGGGAGAAGAAGGAGUUUGUGUGUCACUGGAAGGAUUGCUCUCGAGAGCAGCGGCCCUUUAAGGCCCAGUACAUGCUAGUGGUCCACAUGCGCAGACACACGGGAGAGAAACCUCACAAGUGCACUUUUGAAGGCUGUAAUAAAGCAUACUCGCGUCUGGAGAACCUGAAGACUCAUCUGCGCUCGCACACCGGCGAGAAACCGUAUGUGUGUGAACACGAGGGCUGCAACAAGGCUUUCUCCAAUGCGUCAGACCGCGCAAAGCACCAGAACCGAACACACUCCAAUGAGAAACCAUACGUUUGUAAGAUCCCCGGCUGUACGAAGCGCUACACUGACCCGAGCUCUCUGAGGAAGCACGUGAAGACGGUGCACGGACCCGAGGCUCACAUCACUAAAAAGCACCGCGGAGACACCGGACCACGUCUGACCAAUGCAGGACAGAGCUCUGAACUUCUGAUAGAAAAAGAGGAGAGAAGCAGAGAGGACUGCAAAUUACUCGCUCCAGAAACCGCUCUGAAAUCCCAGCCAAGCCCUGGCGGCCAGUCAUCCUGUAGUAGCGAACGUUCUCCACUAGGGAGCGCCAACAACAACGACAGCGGUGUGGAGAUGAACCUCAAUGCGGCGGGGAGUCUGGAGGACCUGACCACACAGGAGGAGAGCGGGAACACCGGCGGCGGCUCGGGGGGAAUGUGCAUGUCCGUUCAGGCCUUGAAGAGGUUGGAGAACCUAAAGAUCGACAAACUGAAGCAAAUUCGCCGGCCAACACCACCUGGGCGGAGCGCAGGGAAUAAACUGCCGGCUCUCUCAGCAACAGGAGAGAUGAUGGGCAUGUGUGUGCCUUCACCCUUGCUCUCCAACCGGCGUGUAAUGGAGCUUUCUGCCCCAGAUCUGGGCGGAGUUAGCGGAAUGGGAAUGCCUUGCCCACCAAACGACCGGCGGGGCAGCGGCACCAGCAGCUUCAGCUCUGCCUACACAGUGAGCCGCCGUUCGUCUAUGGUCUCGCCCUACCUAUCAAGCAGACGCUCCAGUGACGUGUCCCAAGUGGGUCACUGCCAUUCCGUAAUAGGGACCGAUGUUCCCAGUGACCCACUGUCUCCUCAGAACAGCCAAAGAGGUGGAUCAUGCCAGAACCCUGGGGGAUUGCCAGGUCUACCGAGUCUGACUCCUGCGCAGCAGUAUAGUCUGAAGGCUAAAUAUGCAGCAGCAACAGGCGGCCCACCGCCAACCCCGUUACCCAACAUGGACCAACCUGGCAACCCUGGAAGAUUCCUGAGGGAAUGCCAUGGCCAACCUCUUCCUCUGUUUCUGCAGCAAGGUGGCACGAGGAGACAGAGUGCUAAUGCCGAAUACGGCACGGGAGUGAUCUAUCCACAUCAGGCACCCGGGAACAACACGAGGCGCGCCAGCGAUCCAGUACGCUCUGGUGCCGACCUGCAGGACUUACCCAAGAUGCAACGCUUUAAUAGCUUAAGCAACAUGUCCCUUAUGAGUCGCCGCAAUGCACUGCAGCAGUGCGGAUCUGAUGCCGCUCUCAGCAGGCACAUGUACUCGCCUCGUCCACCGAGCAUCACUGAAAAUGUCAUGAUGGAGGCCAUGGCCAUGGAUCCUCAUGGGACUGCCGAAGGCAGAGAGCAAGGCAACAUGAUCCAAUGUGGAGACCGAGCCUACAUGAGCUACCAGCAACCUCAACAAUGCAACCACCCUCACAAUGCAAGUCAACUGUCUCCCGGACAAGAAGGACUGAGUUGCGUGGAUCAAGUCUACCAGUCUCAAAUGCAAGGUCCGUACCAGCGUGAGGAGAUCUGUGCCACCGGGAUAAUGGGUCAGGCUGACAUUGCAAACAAUCUUCUACAGCAAGCUGAGUUUGGCAUGAGCAACUGUCAGCUUAGCCCCUCCGGUCCACAUUAUCCCAGCCAGGGUGAUGGAUCUGGACCCUGGGGACAGACCAACCAGCUCCACAGCCCUCAGACUGAUAUGCAGUACCAGUGUGCAGGCAUUCAAGGACAACACUACCCUCAACAGGGUGUAUACGACCCUACAUCUGACCCUGGCCAUCAAAGAGUUACUGUAAAACCAGAGCAGUUCCAUUCAUCCAUGGGAGGAGCCAGUUCCUGCCAGAACACUAAACCUCUACACCAGCAUCGGCAUGAUGUGAAUAUGCAGGCGUAUCCACCGCAGUCAGGCCAGGGCAUCAUGGGCAGGUCCUCCAAUGCGAACUGUGAAUUCCAUCACGGCCAGAUGGGAGCACAAGUCGGUCUUCCACAGCAGAGCCAGGCGGGAUCGUUCCCGAGCGGUGGAGGGAUAAAUCUUGCACUGACGGAGAACCGUAGGUUGCAGACGCCAAUGCAUCAGAUGAAGGAAAUGAUGGUGAGAAAUUAUGUGCAGUCCCAGCAAGCGCUCCUUUGGGAACAACAGCAGGAGCAAAGGGUAGUCGAUGGGAAGCCCGAUGGCAUGGAAAUGGGAGGGCAUCAACAAGCUAACCAGAACCUUUAUCCUGGAAACUCCUACCAAGGCUACCCGAAUCAGAAAUUGAUGAGCCCACCGCAAAAUCGAGUUCCCAGUUCCAUCAAGGAGCAUACCGCUGGGAUGCAGGGAUCCUGCUACGGGCCGGAUAUGGUGCCACGACCACCUCAGGUACGAAAGCCUCUGAGUCGCCAAAACAGCCUAUCCCAGCAGACAGGUGGAGCUUACCUGGGCAGCCCGACUCACCUGAGCCCGGUCCACUCCACCACCAGUCCCAGAAGAGGAGUCCGUCUCCCACCGGUUCAACAACAGCAGCAUUCGGAAAACUUCACCAAUAACAACAAACCAAUGUACUGCUCAGGCCAGAUACACAUGCACCACGACAUAGAGAAGACUCAGGAUGGACCAUGCCUGGCCCAGCAGCACCUGACAGGGAUAGACCCUAGUACCAAGCCCACCUCGAUGGCCUACUCUGACCCUGCACCCAUGUCCAAUGCCUUAGAAAACCUGGACUUGGAGAACGCUCAGAUUGACUUUGCUUCCAUCAUUGAUGACCCAGAACCUUCAUUUUACAGUCCAAUAAACCCACAGCUGGGUCACCACCAGUGCUCCUCUCAGACCUCCUCCUGUCUCACCACACCCCAAACCUCCAUCACCCUUCCAAGUGGCCUUUCCAAUAUGGCAAUCGGGGACAUGACCUCGAUGUUGACGUCCCUUGCUGGGGAGAACAAGUAUUUGAACACAUUGUCUUAAAGUGUUUAUACAUAUAAUUGGGCCAAAGUGAGCAUGUAGACUCUAUUGCCCUUUCAACACUAAAGGUUCCUCUGGACGUCCUUUUUUUGCUCAUGCGCCAGGUACUGAUGGUUCUGCUGAUGUCCUUCAUGGGAUCCCAGAGAUUUUGCAUAAUAGUUUUGUAAUUGUGUAAAAUAUGUUGCUGAACAUUACCACAGAGGCCUAAUGACUAUUACUGAAGGGGCAUUCCGGUCACUACUAUGAGACUGUUUACGAUGGAAAUCUUGUUUAAAAUGUAAAUAUGAGCUUUGGACUGUAAAUGGUGGCAAGAUAGUAUAAAGAAAAUCUCUUUUUUGAUACAUAUACAGACUUGGACUGGCACAAAAGCCACAUGAACUCUACAUAAGAAGACUGAAAUACUAAGUGAGCGAACGUGUAAAGGAAGAACCUGGUUGGCACGUUCUCUAGAAGUAUUGGUAAAGACAGGACUCAAGUGCCUUCAACCAUUGUGGCCUCUUUGAUUCCUCACAACAUGUUGGAGAAAACUCGACAGAUGAGACACAUGGACAGUCAGAUAGAAACACUGACAGAUGGAUAAACUCAGUAUGAAGCCCAAAGUAUACGAACACUUAAUGUAUGAGUACAACAGAAUGCAUAGCCUUUCAAAGUAUACUCCACUUAAUAGUGCACAAAAACACAGGUGGCUGACACAUGCGCACUAGACAGUUUCAUUUUUGCCGAUGUCUGUGCUAUUUCUCUACAGAAGUUAUGAGCAAUAAAAACAAAUGCUUUUGUUCUCUAUUAAACUAGCAGGUGUCUAUAUUCUUGUUGCGCCUCCAGUAGAUUGCGGUUCCAUCUCGUUUCUUUUUCUACCGUGAAACAACCAAUGUCGCCACCUUGUGGACCAACUAAUUAGUGCAAAGAAGAUGUUUGCUCAAGCUGAGUGUAAAGAGUACAUGCAUAUACAUUGGGCUUAGGAGAAAGUGUGUUCUCACUAAAACGCAUCACUAACUGUCAUAAUGGCAGAUUACAGAACAGUAUUUUGAAGCCUCGUUAACUAUCUCUAGGUCUAGACAGGAGCCUUUGAGUCAUGAUAUUAAUUAAAAGUUCUAGUGUUUGUUUUCUGAUUAUUUGACUAGUCUGCUUUCAGACAGAUACGUUAAAGGGUAACGGCACUGAGUGGUUUUUGUAAGGUUUCUUUUAGUUUACGCUGCGCUAUGUAACCCAAGCUAGCAUGCAAAUGCAUUGCACUGACAACAGCACUGAGCUGAGGAGAAGAGAUUAAUUUUAAUUAAUGGUUCCAUAUAGUAUGAAAGGUACAUACAGUGCAGGUAUUUUAUUUUUUGGUUUUAAGUCCUCUGUUAUUUCAACACUUUGUCUACGUUGUGCCUAACUCGUUUUAAGUAUCAUUUGAUCAUUUAAGUGUUAUAGAGGGCUGCAACCCUUUAAAAAUCCCAGUGUUUCCACUUUCUGUGGCAUACCAAAGACGACCGACACUGAGACGAGUCCACACUUGAUAUUUGCUAGACAUCAUUUCCAUAGACAGCUAGACGUCAUGUGCUUCCAUAUUGCUGCAAAAAU